AUGAACUUUGAAAAUACAUAUAUUGAGUGCAACAAAGGCACAUCAAACACCAGAGGAGAGGGAAAAGUGUCACUUCCAAGAGCUGGCCUUCCAAACCAAGUUCAGGCUUUCACCUCUGUGGACAUGGAAGUAGGAAAUCGCACCAUCCUGACUGAAUUCAUCUUGGUGGGUUUCUCAGCAGACCCACAGUGGCAGCUGAUUCUGUUUGGAGUGUUUCUGAUGCUCUAUUUGGUAACCUUGUCAGGAAACAUGACCUUGGUUAUCUUAAUCCGAAUUGAUCCCCACUUGCAUAUGCCUAUGUACUUUUUCAUUGGCAACCUGUCUUUUUUGGAUUUCUGGUAUACGUCUGUGUAUACUCCCAAAAUCCUGGCCAGUUGUGUCUCAAAAGAUAAGCGCAUUUCCUUGGCUGGAUGUGGGGCUCAGCUGUUUUUUUCCUGUGUUGUAGCCUACACUGAAUGCUAUCUCCUGGCAGCCAUGGCUUACGACCGUCAUGCAGCAAUUUGUAACCCAUUGCUUUAUUCAGGUACCAUGUCCACUGCCCUCUGUACUGGGCUUGUUGCUGGCUCCUACGUAGGAGGAUUUUUGAAUGCCAUAGCCCAUACUGCCAAUACCUUUCGCCUGCGUUUUUGUGGUAAAAAUAUCAUUGACCACUUUUUCUGUGAUGUGCCACCAUUGGUAAAAAUGUCCUGUUCAGACACGAGGGUCUAUGAGAAAGUCCUCCUUGGUGUGGUGGGCUUCACAGUCCUCUCCAGCAUUCUUGCUAUUCUGAUUUCCUAUGUCAACAUCCUCCUGGCUAUCCUGAGAAUACACUCAGCUUCAGGAAGACGCAAAGCGUUCUCCACCUGUGCUUCUCACCUCAUCUCAGUCACGCUCUUCUAUGGAUCGCUGUUGUUUAUGUAUUCAAGGCCUAGUUCCACCUACUCCCUAGAGAGGGACAAAGUAGCUGCCUUGUUCUACACUGUGAUCAACCCACUGCUCAACCCGCUCAUCUAUAGCCUGAGAAACAAAGAUGUCAAAGAGGCCUUCAGGAAAGCAAUAAAGACUAUACAACCACAAACAUGAACGUUAUUCUCUUUGCAAAUGCUGUUAUUGAAUUUUUCAGAUUAUUGGUUUAUAAAUGUGUUCAUAUGCAUUUCUGUAGUUCAAUUAAAUCCAAUAAGUCACAUCUAAAACAUUAAAAAGAUUGAGCAAAUGACUCUUUAAUUGUUAUUAGUUUGUUGUGAUGUAAACAAAACAAACUAAUCUUUAAAACUUAUAGUAUUGGGUUGUUUGACAUUCUGCAAUAUGGUAUUUUGUCUCAGCAGUAUUAUAUUUUUCACAGAUUUCAUUGUGUUUGCUACCUUUGGGAGAUCUUGGGAACAAAACAGAUUUUGUGGUUUCAUGAAUAUAUUUUGACUUUGAAGCUGGGUAAGCAAUCUUUACUAGGUAAGAAGAAUAUCUGAAAUGGUGACACUUCUGGAAAUAUGCUCAAGAUUUUACAAAUAUUUAAGAAAAUAAUUUCCUCAAAAUUUCUUCAGAAAGAUCUAAUUGAACAUAUAGGAAAUAUCUUUGUAAACCUCAUGCUUUAUACAUAAAGAAAAUAUUAGGAAAAUGUUUAAGAGUUGUUUAGAUUACAAACAACAAUGACAAUAAAACUAUUUCUAAAUUUA